AUGACGUCUAUCGCACGUCAUCUUUCAUCUGGAGGAUUGAUUAACAAAGUGGAUUCGCUUAAGUCUAAUCACACCUUGAAGCGUUAUCUUGAAUCUAAGGAGCCGAUCAAAGCUCUCUUAAACUUCCGGCAACGAUUUAGAGAAAGCCCUAGUUUCAUAGACAGUUUCUCUGUCUUGUUCGCCAUUAAAGCUUCAUCAUCUGCUCAUAAAGGUCAUUCCUUUAUAGGCCAACAGAUCCACGCUCUUGUAAGAAAACUUGGGUUCCAUAGCAUAGUCCAGAUUCAGACAUCCCUUGUCGGUUUUUACUCAGCUGCAGGUGAUAUCGCUAGUGCACGCCAAGUGUUCGACGAAACGCCUGAGAAACAAAAUGUAGUCUUGUGGACGGCUAUGAUUGCAGCUUACGCUGAGAAUGAGAAAAGUGUGCAAGCUCUUGAGAUGUUUCGACGAAUGGAAGAAGAAAGAGUUGAGCUUGAUGAAGUGAUUGUUACUGUGGCUUUAUCGGCUUGUGCUGAUCUCGGGGCGGUACAGAUGGGAGAAGGGAUAUAUUCGCGGAGCAUCAGGAGGAGACGAAGAUUGGGUGUGGAUUUAACUCUGAGAAACUCACUUCUGAACAUGUAUGUAAAAGCUGGGGAUGUUGAGAAAGCGAGGAGAGUCUUUGAUGAAACAGUGAGAAAAGAUGUGACUACUUACACGUCUAUGAUCGUAGGGUAUGCUUUAAACGGCCAAGCUCAAGAAUCAUUAGAACUCUUCAAGAAAAUGAGUCAAGAUUCAUCCGUGUCUCCAAAUGAUGUGACCUUCAUUGGCGUCUUGAUGGCUUGUAGUCACGGCGGUUUAGUUGAAGAAGGGAAGCGACAGUUCAGGAGCAUGGUUGAAGAUUACAAUCUUAAACCUAGAGACGCUCAUUUCGGAUGUAUGGUGGAUUUGUUUUGCCGUUCAGGGCGUUUGAAGGAGGCUCACGAGUUCAUAAAUCAGAUGCCGGUGAAGCCAAACGCGGUGAUUUGGAGAACCCUGCUUGGUGCUUGUAGUCUUCACGGGGAUGUUCAGCUAGGGGAAGAAGUUCAGAGACGGAUCUUUGAGUUAGAUCGUGAUCAUGUUGGGGACUAUGUUGCCUUGUCGAAUAUUUACGCUGCGAAAGGAAUGUGGGAUGAGAAACUGAAGAUGAGGGAUCGUGUGAGGAAAAGAAGGGAGCCUGGGAAAAGCUGGAUUGAGAUGGAAAACAUUAUCGCUGAAUUUGUUUCAGGGGGUGGUAAUGAUGAUGGGAAGCUAAUGGUGGGAGAGAUUAGCGAGGUUUUGAGGUGUUUAGUUACUUGCAGGGCAGUUCAGUCUAGAGUCCUCCUUGGGGCUGCACUUGGCGCUAUCGCUGGAGCUAUUCUCUCUGUUGGAGUGUUAGAGGCUUCUCAUUUUGUGGAGCAGCUGUUUCGUGGGAGACUAGUAGAUGAACAAUUCAAGUCGACAAUGGUGAAUUCACACCACUGGAAGUUAAGAAUCUCUGAUGUUAGCUAUGAAGAGCGGGAUGAUUUUAUGGUGAACUGGAACGCAGAGUCUUAUCAGGACAUUGAAGCAGGCAAAAUCACACGAAGCUUACCGAGAUGUGAUCACACGUUCCACCUGGCUUGUGUUGAUAAAUGGCUCAUCAGACAUGGAUCAUGCCCCAUUUGCAGACAGGCCGUUACAGAAUAA